AUUGAGGGUGUUAAGAUGCCGCAGGCCCCCCUCGACUCCCCUACCUCACACUGUCAGACCCCAGCCAAUGAGCAGCUUGACAAGAUCAAAUAUCACUAUAACACAAGGACUUAUUUGAUGAGAAGAGUUACAGCCAGUCUCCCCAUCCGUCGCCAAGGAGUCUCACUUCUUUCAACUUUUCUGAGGUGUAAAUCCACUGUCACCAUGUCUGACACUGAGGAAGUUGAUCAGAUCGAGGACGAGGAAGAAGAGGUAGUAGAAGUAGAGGUAGCCCCCGAGGCAGCCCCAGAGGAGGAGGUAGAGGAAGAGGAGGUAGAGGAGGAGGCAGAACCCGAGCCUGAGCCUGAGCCUGAGGUUGUAGAGGAGGAAGAGGCCUAUGAAGAGGAAGUCGAGGAAGGAGAACAAGAUGAGGAGAAGCCCAAGUUCAAAGUCCCUAAGGUCCCUGAUGGCGAGAAGGUGGACUUUGACGACCUCCAUAAGAAGCGUCAGAACAAAGACCUGAUUGAGCUGCAGGGGCUGAUCGACGUCCAUUUUGAGAACAGGAAGAAGGAGGAGGAGGAGCUUAUCGCCCUCAAGUCCAGAAUUGAGAAACGCAGGUCAGAGAGGGCUGAGAUCCAGAGGGUACGCACUGAGAAGGACAAGGAACGCCAGGCCAGACGUGAGGAGGAGAGACUGAAGAAGGAGGAGAUGGAUCAAAGGAGAAAGGCUGAUGAUGACGCUAAGAAGAAGUCAGCUCUGACCAACAUGGGCUCCAGCUAUAGCAGCUCACUGCAGAAGGCCGACACUAAGAGAGGAGGUAAGAAGCAGACUGAGAGAGAGAAGAAGAAGAAGAUCCUAGCGGAGCGACGCAAACCUCUCAACAUCGACCAUCUGAACGAGGACAAGCUAAAGGACAAGGCCAAGGAUCUAUGGGAGUGGAUGCACCUACUGGAGUCUGAGAAGUAUGAGCACAUUGAGAAACUCAAGAGGCAGAAGUAUGAGGUCAUCUCUCUCAGAAAUCGUAUUGAUGAGCUUCAGAAACACAGCAAGAAGGGAGCCGCAGCCCGCCGCAGAAAGUAAACUGCGCCGAACUCAGAGGCCGCAGCACCGGCGUGCGUCCGCCAUGCUGCCCACUUCUGUACCGGCAGGGACAACUGCCUCUGCCUCUGCCUCUGCCCGCAACAGCCAUCCAGACCCCGGCUAGACCCACGUCAUGGAACCGACAAGAUGCACUGGAUGUCCUACGGUCUGCUUUCGUGUUAUGUGAAUUAUGUUGUCACAGUCGCAUUCUUCUCAUGUCCUGUCCUCUCACAGCGGACUGUUAGGUUCUCAUGUCCUGUCCUCUCACAGCGGACUGUUAGGUUCUCAUGUCCUGUCCUCUCACAGCGGACUGUUAGGUUCUCAUGUCAGCAGUCUCACAGCGGACUGUUAGGUUCUCACCGUAUUUUUUUUGUAAAUAAAAAAGAGUGACGCUUCAUGUG